AUGCCGCUAGUUCGCUACAGGAAGGUGGUCAUCCUCGGGUACCGCUCUGUAGGGAAGACAUCUUUGGCACAUCAGUUUGUGGAGGGCGAGUUCCUGGAAGGCUAUGAUCCUACAGUGGAGAACACUUACAGCAAGAUAGUGACUCUUGGCAAAGAUGAGUUUCACCUACACCUGGUGGACACAGCAGGGCAGGAUGAGUACAGCAUUCUGCCCUAUUCAUUCAUCAUUGGGGUCCAUGGUUAUGUGCUUGUGUAUUCUGUCACCUCUCUGCAUAGCUUCCAAGUCAUUGAGAGUCUGUACCAAAAGCUACAUGAAGGCCAUGGGAAAACUCGGCUGCCGGUGGUGCUAGUGGGAAACAAAGCAGAUCUCUCUCCAGACAGGGAGGUCCAGGCAGUUGAAGGGAAGAAGCUGGCAGAGUCCUGGGGUGCGACGUUUAUGGAGUCAUCUGCUCGAGAGAACCAGCUGACUCGAGGCAUCUUCACCAAAGUCAUCCAGGAGAUUGCCCGGGUAGAGAAUUCCUAUGGGCAAGAGCGCCGCUGCCGGCUCAUGUGA